AGAAACAUCAAACGCGUUUUCUCUGAUGACUCGUCUUCUCCUCAUUAUAGUCUAAUCAAUUUCAAAAACACGCCACCAUUAUAUACUAUUAUUCUGUAUCUAUAAUGUAUCUAUAAUCCCAUCUCUCACUUUCAUCACGUAAUGCAACCCCAUUAUAUAUGUCUUCUCGCUUCUUCCGGCUCUUUGUUUGAUGCUUUCUUCAUUCAUUCGCCACUUGUUUUCUUCUUCUUUUUUAAACCACUGAGUCAACUCGUUCUUUCUAAUCUCUCUUUUGUGCCAUUUUGAUCGUUGAUUUCAGCUUGUUAGUGGAAAAUAAAUCGUGGGUUUGUUUUAGUUGGUGCAAUGAUUGAGUUUUGGAGAUUUAAUCAGCAUGGCUUGGCCAUUUUUAUGCUGAUGAUUUGCUUGCUUGGUCAAAAGAUUCAAUUUUGUUUGACCCUCAAUCAACAAGGUGUGCCUUUGUUGAAGGAGGGAGUUGUUGAUCCGGGUUCAUGGAAUGGAGCGGAAUCCUUGAAUAAAAAUGUUGUGAUAUCAGCCGUUGCUGGAAACGUAUUUCAUCGGAGACUACUAGAUAUAGAUGUUGUUGAUGCACCCCGUCGAUAUAGCUUGCGGAGACAAAUAGCUUCAUUGUUUCCACCAAAAACAAUAAAGGCAUUGCCAUCAUCAGCACAACCACCGUCUCCGUCUCCGUCUCCGUCUCCAUCACCAGUACCAUCUCCAGUACCGUCGCCUUCACCCUCAGCUGCACAAAUUCCAGAAGUUACCGUACCUAGUGGCCCUCCUUCUCGACCUUCUUCUCCAUUUCCUGAGAAUUCCCCGGGUUCAGACGAUGAGCAAUCAAGCAGAGGUUCUGGCUCUAAACAUCAUCUAGCCAUAACGCUGUCUGCAGCUCUGGGUGGUAGUGCAUUAUUAUUACUUCUUGCUAGUGGCAUAUACUUCUGUCGAAGUAAUAAAGUAUCUGCUGUACGACCUUGGGCCACAGGAUUAAGUGGGCAGCUGCAGAAAGCGUUUGUAACCGGUGUGCCAAGCCUCAAACGCACAGAACUUGAGGCAGCUUGUGAAGAUUUCAGCAAUGUUCUUAGCACAUCAGCAACGGGAACAGUCUAUAAAGGAACUUUGUCUACUGGCGUUGAAAUAGCGGUGACAUCUCUUGCAGUAGAAUCUGCCAAGGAGUGGCCAGAGAAUCUGGAAUCCCAGUUCAGGAAGAAGAUUUAUCAGCUGUCAAGAGUAAAUCACAAGAAUUUUGUGAACCUUAUUGGGUAUUGUGAGGAAGACAAGCCCUUCACUAGAAUGGUGGUUUUCGAGUAUGCACCUAAUGGAACACUAUUUGAGCAUCUACACAUAAGAGAAUCAGAACACUUAGAUUGGGGAAUGAGAAUGAGGAUAAUCAUGGGUAUAGCAUAUUGCCUCGAGCAUCUGCACCAACUGAAGCCACCCAUACCCCACAAGAGCCUCAACUCUUCAGCUGUUAGCCUAACUGAAGAUUAUGCAGCCAAGCUUUCAGAUUUUGGCUUGUGGAAUGAAAUUGCUUCAAAAGAUAUGCAAGCAAGUCCAGAGUCUAACGUAUACAGUUUUGGUGUAUUAUUGUUUGAAUUGGUAACGGGUAGGCUCCCUUACAUGGUAGACAGUUUUGCACUCGAGGACUGGGCAUCGGAUUAUUUAAGAGGUGAUCAACCCCUUGGAGAAAUGGUAGAUCAAAUUUUGACUUCUUUUGAUGAGGAACAGCUCGAACAAAUCGGCGAAGUUAUAAAAUCUUGCUGCCAUUACAACCCAAAACAAAGGCCAGCAAUGAAAAAUGUUACUGCUAGGCUUAAAGAGAUAACAAGAAUAAGAGCCGAGGAAGCUGUCCCGCGACUUUCACCUCUAUGGUGGGCAGAGCUUGAAAUCAUAUCCUCCGAGGGCUUGUAGUUUAAGUUUGCAAUUAUAACCCCUCUUUUGUGAUUUACCUAGUUUGCCUAUCUUCGCGAGAGAACCAAUUCUGGGGAAAUUGAAGAAAGUUGUACAUUGUUUAAAUUGGAGAAUUUUGUGUGGCCAAAAUACAUAAUACUUGCUGUCAAAAGUUGGCUGUGAAGACAGGCCAAGAAAAAAAAAAAAUACUCAUUUAUAUUUAUUUACUGUUCCAUAAACUCAGGAACAAUUAUUACUGUGUUCCUAUUGUUUUCCUGUGCUUCUAAUUACCUGCUUCAUUUUGUAUCAUUUUUUUUAUUGAUUAAUACACUUGAUUCUUUAUA